AUGUUUCUAUCUCUUCUGAUGCGAUUAGCCGCACAGCCUUUCUCCCAACAUGUCUCUGAUUUGAAUACAUUAUAUGUAAGUGACGACGAAAGUCUAUUAGGCUAUUCUAGUGGUGAUAAUGAAAUUGAAAAUGGUCAUCAAAGUGUUUAUGCUGUUGAGUAUUCAAGUGAUGCUUCAAAUUCAAGUGAAGCUAGCUCUAUUCAACAAAAUGUGCGUAAACGUGCAAGACCUAUUUCGAGCAGUGAAGAUUCUGACACAGAGGAUGAAUGGAACUGGAAAGAAGAAGAAAAUAUUGUCAAUAUAAAACAAUUUACUGCAACUUCCGGUAUCAAUUGUUUAGUUUCACGAAGAUUGGGUAUAAAUGCAACAACUUUGUGUGUUUUCAAAGAAGUAUUAUGUGAUGAUUUUUUUGAAAUAAUAGUUAGAGAAACGAAUAGAUAUGCAGCACAAAUGAAAAUGGUAGAGGUAACGAAAAUGAAGGAGGAGUGGUGUCCACUAACAAAUGAUGAAGUUAGAGCAUAUUUUGCAUUAUGCAUUAUAAUGUCUCAAAUAAAAAAAUCUAAAAUAGACAUGUAUUCGUCGAAACGAAAAAUAUUAGAGACUCCCAUAUUUUCGCAAGUUAUGCCUCGUAAACGUUUUUUGGCCAUAACGCACUAUCUUCAUUUCGUGGAUAAUGAGACGGUUUCUACAGAAGACAGAAUACGAAAGGUUCGAUCCGUCGUGGAUUUCUUGAAUGCCAGAUUUCGACAGUUAUACACUCCGGAAGAAAAUAUCGUCAUAGACGAGUCCCUCAUGAAAUUGAAAGGACGGCUAAAUUACGUACAAUUCAUAGCAUCCAAACGAGCGAGAUUUGGAUUUAAAAUUUAUAAAUUAUGCGAAUCCAAUUCUGUGUAUUGUUAUGGAUUUAAAAUAUACACAGGACAAGACAAAAUUCAAGGAAGUAAUGUACCUGUAUCGGAAACUGUUGUCAUGCAACUAGCCGAACGCAUUUUAGGAAAAGGAUAUACCUUGUUUUUAGAUAAUUGGUAUUCGUCUCCCAAUUUAUACAAAAUUUUGCAAGCGAAGAAUACAAAUGUUGUUGGAACGGUGAGAAAAAAUCGGAAAAAUAUGCCAAAGGAGCUGGCAUCGUACAAGCUAAAUAAAGGAGAAGUAAGAACACUAUCUUGCAGAGGUAUCCUGUCCUUUCGCUGGCAUGCCAAGAAGGAUGUGUAUAUAAUAAGCACGAAAUACUCAAACGCAGAAAUGGUCGAUACGGGGAAAAUAAGAAGAAAAAAAGGAGGCGAAGAAGAAACUGUGUCGAAACCGACUUGUGUUAUGGAAUACAAUCGAAGAAUGGGAGGUGUGGACAAGCAAGAAAGUGUGUGA